UAAUGGUACCAUCAGCCUGACAGCUACCCCAUACUUACAAACAUUUGUGUCACAUAAUGCUUAUAAUGGUGUUGUAUAUUACCCAGAAGGUAAUUAUUCUCGAGACUGGUUGAUAACCGGAGAAACAGCAAACUACAAUAUUACAAUAAGAUUCGUGGCAUGUAUCUUAGAGACUGGCAAUGACAAGGGAUUUUGUAUAAAUGAUGAAAUCGUUUUUUACGAUGGCUCCAACUCAAGCGCACCUCCUCUCUUGCGAACGUGUUGUGGUUCUCAAGAUCCUCCUCCACCCACAGUACAGAGUACAGAUGGUACUAUGUACAUUCUUUUCUCAACUGACGACACAAUUGCCAGAGAAGGUUUUUCGCUAAGCUACAUACUAGAGGGAGCACCAACAAGUACAGUUAGUACAACCGUACAAGUCGCUGCAAGUAAAAAAGAAGACAAUACCUUACUAUAUAUAAUAAUUGCAUGUGCUGUAACAGCACUAUUGAUUUUGAUCAUCAUAAUACUGAUCUGUGUCAUUUGUUGCAAGAAGAAAUCUAAGGCUAAAAAAACAAAGCAGAAGGUACACAAAAAAUUUGGUCGAUCGGCACCCAGACCUGUCGUUGUAACAUCAGAGAGUGGUUCCGAGGCUGAGAUAGAGGGAAAUUCAGAAUCACCACGUGUAGUUCAAACACAACAACAUUCCCCACCACCAGCGUAUGCAACGGUGGUAAAAGAGCAAAAUCAAAAUAAUAUCACACAACAGGAAAAGGAAAAUUCCAAGCAAAGAAAUGCAGCUCAAAAUAACAAGGACAAAAAGAAAAGUUCUGGAAAAAAAAGUAUUGUCGAAAAAGAAAAUAGUAUCAAAGUCAAAAAAGAAAAUAGUAUUAAACAAACCAAUGAACACAACUCGUCACAUGAAUCAGACCCACCUACAAAGAAAGAAGCAAAAGCUUCAUCUGUAUCUAAAAUUAAAAAGUCAAAUAAGAUAGAUGAGAUUCCAAAGGAAAAGAAAAUGGUUCCGACUAAAAUUGAAACCGAAAAGAAUCCGGCUAAACAUACUGAAAAAGAAGCAGCCAAGUCAACAAGAGCAUCAUAUAUUGAUAAUGAAAGCGACAUAAAAAAUAAUGACAAAAUAAACGAAAAAGAACGAACUGAUACUAAAUCAGAGCUAAGAAAUGAGCGAAAUUUAAAAAGUCAAAUCAAAGGCUUGGACACUUCACCCGAUAAAAAGGAUAUUGACACUACACCCGAUAAGAAGAAUAUCGAAAGUACAUCCUAUAAAAAGGAUAUCGAAAUAAAACCCAAUCAGAAGAAUAUCGAAAGUACAUCCGAUAAGAAGGAUAUCGACACUACACCCGAUAAGAAGGAUAUCGAAACAACACUCGAUAAGAAGGAUAUCAAAAUUACACCCGAUAGUAAGGAUAUAAAAACUACACCCGAUAAGAAGGAUAUCGACACCAAACCCGAUAAGAAGGAUAUCGAAACUACACCCGAUAAGAAGGAUAUCAACACCAAACCCGAUAAGAAAUUAAGGAGCAAAGAAGGAGGUAAAGUACAAAAAGGUAAAACAGACAAUAGAGUAUUAGAUAAACAGCAUGUUGAAAAUGUGGAACAUGACAAACAAAAUUCUGAAAUAUCGAAAUCUGAGAAGACAAAGACAAUACCUAAACCUCAUGAACAUGGAUUAUUAGAUACAGAAGAAAUUAGUAAGCUAGGCAUAAAAACAGAGAAUACAAAUUCAGGAACAGAACAAAUACGCACUAACGAAAAUAAAGAAAUUACAAAUGAAAUCAAGAAAACGAUAAUGUUUAAAUCUCCAAAAUCAGAAAUUCAACAGAGGGAAAUAAAUGAAGAUUUAAACAUUGAAAAGAAAACUGUUUCUAAUACAAUUUCACCAAUAUCAAAUAAACAAAACGAGGAAAAUGCAAAAACGGACAAGAAGGAAGACAAAAUAGUAGUGGAAACAAUCACGUGUAAGAAUCAAGAAGAAACACAAUCUAAUAAGACAAGGGACAACGAUAAAAAUAACAAUAGGGCAGAAGAACAUAAUAAAAGAUUAACAUAUUGUGAAAAACAAAGUGUAUUGACAAAAUCAGAAUCAAUUCAGCCUAAGAAAGGUGUUAUUGAAAUAAAAGGCAAUCAACAAGUAACUAAGGCAACAGUUUUGCGGCGAAUGCGUACCAUGGGUGUUCAAGAAAUUGAAGACGAGAGUAUUCCUGAUCUUAUUCCUAAAACACAAGCAUUUAACAUGUUAAAAAUGAGAACCACAGUAUGCGAUGAAGAUCUUGCUAAAAGUCGUUGCCAGGUGCUACCUCCUUUGCGGGGAAUACCAAGACAAGAACCCCCUGACCUUCCAAAUCUUUGGAGACCUUAG